CUUUUGCACUAUCGAUUGCGUUAUUCCCUUCGUAGCCUCCUCGAAGUAGGACGUAUCGGGAGUUCUGUGGUUUAAGUGAGAUAAUAUCUGAAUUAAAAUGGCGAAGAAGAUUGGUCCAGAGGAGAACUACUGGUCGCCCUUCCAGCAGGACAUAAUGAAGAUGGUGCAGCGCCAUCCCAUCACCUACAUAAGGGAUAUCAUGAUGACCCCGACGCAGUACAAAGCUGCUGUGACCACUGCCUGGGACAGGAUCUCCCGCGAUAUACACAUGCCGCAAAAACUGUGCAAGCAAGAGUGGACCAGCAUUAAAUUCAGAUAUGCAAAGCUGAAUAAUAUGAUCCGUUAUGGGAAAGUUACUGAGGAAAUCAUCCAAAUGCACCCAAAAACUAGCAAGUAUCUGGAUGGGUCCCUCGACUUUAUGGAUGCGUAUAUCUACGAGAUAACAGACGAGGAAAUACCAACUUGCAUCCAUAAGCGAUUCAACAAGAUGUUUGGGGUUACCAACAAACAGGUGGUAACUAAGGAGAUGGUACAGGCUUUGCUAAAAAAAAGGACGCAAGAGGAAGAACCUAAUGAUGAGAUGGGCAAAAUUCAUGUUCAGAAUCUAAUGAACAUUGUAGAGAAUGCUGUAGAGCGUUCACUUAGGGAGAUGACUUCAGCUGACGAGCAGCCGGAGCAUCGAACCGCCGGACUGGAAAACGACCGCGAGGAUAAUGCUCAAGAGGGAGCCAGUAACUGGCAGUAGAGUGGACGGCGAGGUGCAGACUGGAAGAAGAGGAUGGUGCAGCGGUGUUCCCACCGAAAAAAACGAUCAAGAAAAAAAAAUGAAUGAAGAGAUGUAGACUGAUAAAGGAAGCCAAAUUUGGACUUUUUUAAUGUUAGACGUAGUAACUAUUUGAAGUCAUACAAUAUACGGUCAAUGUAUCAGUACCAAUGAUAUUGUAGAUCUUUGAAAUUAAUUAAAUGUACUCUUUCUCUUAUGAAUAAAA